AUGAUAUCGGAAAAAAAAUUUCUUGAAUUAAUUCAACAAUUAAAACAAAUUCGAAAAGAAAAUCAAUAUAAUGAAAUAGAUUUAAAUCAUCUUAAAAGUAAAUUAACACAAAUGACAGAAGAAUUUAUUGAUCCAUCAAAGAUUUCUAUUCAAGAAGAUUCUCAAAAGAUUUCAAUCACAAAAUCAAUGAAAUCAAUUUAUCAGAAAUGGAAACAAUAUGGAAUUACAAUAGUGGAUGGUGAAUUACAUGAACUUUCAUGUCCUCAAGGAUUUUUUAUCGAUGAAAAGAACAGUUUAUUUAUUACUAAUUAUGAUCGUGAUUAUAUUUUAGAAUGGAAAUUGAAUGAAAAAAUAGAAAAUAUCAUUGCAAGAGAUCGAGCAGAGAAUAUCAAAGAUGCUUUAUGUUAUCCAACUGAUGUUAUUCUUGAUAAACAAAAUUGUUCAUUGAUUAUCGCUGAUUAUGGAAAUAGAAGAGUUAUUCGAUAUUUUUAUAAAGAGCAAUUAGACAAACAAACUAUCAUUGAUGAUAUUGAUUGUUAUGGACUAGCUAUGGAUAAAUAUGGAUUUCUUUAUAUAUCUGAUUGGAAGAAAAAUGAAGUGAGACGAUGGAGACAAGGAGAACAAAAUGGUAUUGUCGUAGCAGGUGGAAAUGGAAAAGAUGAUCGUCUUAAUCAAUUGAAUCGUCCUACGUUUAUCUUUGUUGAUGAUGAACAAUCUAUUUAUAUAUCUGAUAGUGAUAAUCAUCGUGUAAUGAAAUGGAAAAAAGAUGCAAAAGAAGGUGUAAUUGUUGCGGGCGGAAAUGGUUCAGGUGAUGGUCUCCAUCAGUUAUCUUCACCACAAGGUGUUGCUGUUGAUUCUUGUGGACAUAUUUAUGUUGUUGAUUAUGAUAAUAAUCGAUUGAUGCAAUGGUACGAAGGAGACAAUGAAGGUACAAUUAUAAUUGGUGAAGAUGGUGGAGGAAAUGAAUCACAUCAAUUAGAUGAACCUCGUGGUUUAGCAUUUGAUCUGGAUGGAAAUAUUUAUAUAGGUGAUACUGGAAAUGAUCGAAUUCAAAAAUUUGAAAGAAUUUGUUAA